UCGGCGAACAGCUCAGAUACAGGCUGCUUUCACUGCCGCUAAGGACAAAUACUUAUAGCAGUUAUAACUGUUAUAUCUGUUAAUUAUUGUUAAUCCAUCCCGCUAGCAAAGAUGGCCUUGGUUUGCUUAAGCAGAAAUGUUUUGGGCUUCAGGAAUUCUGGUGUGAUGGUGAUGGUGCGCUACGCUCAGACUGCUGCCGCUCCGGCUCCAGAACCCAGGAUCAAGAAGUUCCAGGUCUACCGCUGGGAUCCAGAUACCCCCGGAGACAAACCCCGAAUGCAGACGUAUGAAGUGGAUCUAAACACUUGUGGUCCAAUGAUUCUGGAUGCACUCAUUAAGAUCAAGAACGAAAUGGACCCCACGCUCACAUUCAGACGUUCCUGCCGUGAAGGUAUCUGUGGCUCCUGUGCCAUGAACAUCAACGGAGGAAACACGCUGGCGUGCCUUAAUAAAAUCGAUGUGAACACUAGCAAACCCACCAAAAUCUACCCACUGCCUCACAUGUAUGUCGUCAAGGAUCUGGUACCUGAUAUGAGCAACUUUUACGCACAGUACAAAUCCAUCGAGCCGUACCUGAAGAAGAAGGAUGAGAGCCAGGAGGGAAAGACGCAGUAUUUCCAGUCCAUGGAAGACAGGCAGAAACUGGACGGCUUGUAUGAGUGCAUCCUCUGCGCCUGCUGCAGCACCAGCUGUCCCAGCUACUGGUGGAAUGGAGACAAAUACCUGGGACCUGCUGUCCUCAUGCAGGCAUACCGAUGGAUGAUCGACUCCCGUGACGAAUUCACAGAGGAACGAUUGUCUAAACUUCAGGACCCCUUCUCCCUGUACCGCUGCCACACUAUCAUGAACUGCACCAAAACUUGCCCAAAGGGUCUUAACCCAGGAAAGGCCAUAGCAGAAAUCAAGAAAAUGAUGGCCACUUAUAAGGAAAAGAAAGCUGCAGCUUCAUAAACAACUGUUAACAAAGAUGGCUCUAGACUAACUUCUGAGACCUUGAACUGAACUGGGAGGAAGAGAAGAGCCAAGCUAAACCCUUCUGCUACAUUAGCACAUUUUAAGACUUUAUUAAGUGUCCAUUGUGUGUGUGAAUUUAUGUAAGAGUGAAUGAGGGAUAUAAAACGGUAAAA